GCUACCAGUUCUGCCGCCUCCGUCAGCGGUACCGCAUCGUUCUACGGUGGCAACACUGCCGGCGGAGCUUGUUCCUUCUCGGGAUACACCAUCCCUUCGAAUCUUUUCGGGACAGCCUUUGGCGGAAGCUGGGAUGCCUCGCAGUGCGGUGCCUGCGUGCAGGUCACAAACAAGGCCGGCAAGUUCAUCAAAGCUAUGGUCGUCGACCAAUGCCCCGAGUGCGCCGUCAACAAGCUCGACCUCUUCGAAAAUGCCUUCACCCAAAUCGGCACCAAAUCCGAGGGCAUCAUACCCAUCACCUACUCCAUCGUCCCCUGCGGCAUCACCUCCCCUAUCAUCCUCAAGAACAAGGAAGGCACCUCGCCAUACUGGUUCAGCAUGCAAGUCAUGAACUCUAACGUCGCCGUCUCCAAGCUUGAGGUGUCGACCGAUGGCGGCGCCACCUGGAAGGCGACCAAGCGCAGCGCGUACAACUUCUGGGAGAACAGCGCUGGAUUCGGAACGAGCAGUGUGGAUGUGAGGGUUACGGGUGUAAAUGGCAAGACUGUUACGGUGAAGGGUGUAAGCGUUGCGGCCUCGACGACGAAGACGGCGGGCGGAAACUUCUAA